AUGAAAAAAUUGAUAGUGAUUAUAAAUUUAAUAUUAAAUUAUUAUUUAAUAUUAAUUGAAAGCAAGUCAAAUUAUGCAAUCGAAAAUUCUAUCACCGCCAAAAUAACUAUAACAGGAAACAUAAAUGGAAUUUUUUAUAUUUACGACGAUUUAUUCGAUAGUGGUACUCAACUGAAAGGCUACUAUGAGAAUGGAUUAAUUCCAAGACGAGAAUUAAAAUAUGACGAAUUGUUUAGAUUUUUUGUAAUUUUAGACUAUAGUUGUGAUAACAUAACAGUUGAUGUAUUAUUUAAUGGUGACUUCACUUUGAACACUGAUGAAUUUAUUUAUGUUGAUGUUACUAGAAGUUUCAUACCAUAUAAAUUUAGAAAUAAAAUAUUUAACCCUAGGCGAGGUAGUAGCAAAGUAUUCAGGACUUAUGGAAAUGGUUGGUAUUUUGGUAAAGAUAUACCUCAUACUAUUGUAGUAUUUGAAAGGAUUACUAAUAUUAAGGAUAAAUUUAGAAACACAGCGUGUGGAGAUAUAGUCCCAAUUGAUCAUAAAAAUGAUAAAGAUGUGAUAUUAAUCAAUCAAAAAGAAGCUAAUUCAUUGAAGAAAACAAUUCAAAAUUCAAAAUUCAAUGAUGAACUUGAUGAUGGCGAGGCUGAUAAAAUUGCCUUGAAAAAUAAAGACGUCGGAUUCAAAAAGUAUAAGAAAAAGAAAUUGACCAACAUUACUAAGAGUUCUACUACCAGUGCUGAUAAUAUUGUUACUAAUACUAUUGGUGUUAAUAAUGAUAGUAAUGUGCAUUAUAAUAUAGCAAUAUGA